AACAAAGAAACUGAAACAGCCAACAGUGAAGGAGUUACUCCAGGGGGAAGGAGAAGAAUCGCUACUUUACCAGCUCCUGAAGUUGCUGUUUCCGUGUGGCAGGCGGAUGGAGUCAGCGCUGAACCGGGAACAAGGCGGAGCUGGUGAAUUGGAUCCUUGGUUCCUGACCUCUUCCUUGCCGUGAAAAAUAAAACAGACCCGGAGGCAGCAAAGAUGCACCGCAGGGGAGUUGGAGCCGGUGCCAUCGCCAGGAAGAAACUCGCCGAAGCCAAGUAUAAAGAGCGAGGAACCGUGAUGGCUGAGGACCAGCUGGUUCAGAUGUCAAAGCAGCUGGAAAUGUUCAAGACACAUCUGGAGGAAUUUGCCAGCAAGCACAAACAGGAGAUUCGGAAAAACUCAGAGUUUCGUGUUCAGUUUCAGGAUAUGUGUGCAACAAUUGGAGUGGACCCUCUCGCCUCUGGCAAAGGCUUCUGGUCGGAGAUGCUGGGUGUUGGUGACUUCUACUACGAACUGGGAGUGCAGAUUAUUGAAGUGUGUCUGGCUCUGAAACAUAGAAAUGGAGGUCUGAUCACAUUGGACGAGCUGCACCAGCGUGUGCUGAAAGGUCGAGGCAAGUUUGCCCAAGAUGUCAGUCAGGAUGAUCUCAUUCGGGCCAUCAAGAAACUGAAAUCCUUGGGUAGUGGUUUCAGUAUAAUCCCAAUGGGAGGUGGAUACCUGGUGCAGUCUGUCCCUGCAGAGCUGAAUAUGGAUCACACGGUGGUACUGCAGAUUGCAGAGAAGAAUGGAUAUGUGACAGUCAGUGAAAUUAAGUCCAGCCUGAAGUGGGAUUCUGAACGCACUAAUCAAGUACUGGAACAUUUGUUGAAGGAAGGCUUGGCGUGGAUAGACAAACAAGCUCCUGAAGAACCUCAGUACUGGUUACCUGCACUCUUUUCUGAUCUAUACUCCCAAGAUGUCACUCCUGAAGAAGCUGAUGAAAGUUUGCCGUGAGGAAAAAUUAAUACUUCAAACCAGAGAGUAAGCAGACUCCAUCCACCUUGAUGGUUCUGGUACCAGAAUGAAAGAUUAGUGUAAAACUGUGGAUGUUGAAGUUCUGGAUACCCCUAAGAAUCUUUUUGUAGCAGGCAAUUUCUAGUAUCACUGCACAUGAUACUUGCACAAUUAAAUGACAUUUCUCAGUCUUACCUUGGGUUAGUUUCCAUUGGAUAUCAGACUUUAACUGCUGCUGACAGGCUUUGGAUUUUGAGGAAGAAGUCAUUUGACAUCUGGCUUAAAAACUUUAAUUCUGCAAGUGUAUUUCAAAAUACGGGUGAGGUGGUGUUGCUACAGCUCAAGAGGCGGGAGCAGAAUAUUUGACCUGUAGAACUAUCUGGAUAAGUCAACUGAAAUGCUAAAUACCCUCUAAAGCUUAUAAUUUCACUGGCAAUGAAGAUAUACAAAAUAUUGGUCAGAGAAAGAACAGCUGGCUAUGUCAUGCCUACCCUGCUGGUGUGAUGACUGCAGUUAUCAGUUAAUGACCUUAUUGUUCUUCCCUGGUCCCAAAUCUUUGACCAACAGAUGAGUCACCACUUGGAGGCAGAACCUUAGCAUUAGCAACUGAGCUUUGUAAUUCAAAACCAUCAAUUAAAUUUUGUCAAAAGAAA